AGCAACGCCUCCAUAAAACAGUCAUUUUCAGGUGUUGGUAUUAAUCAACAUCGAGAUGCAUUAGUGGUGUCAACUAUUACAGAAUAUGGUACCAUGGUGAUAAGGUGGGUGUUACGAGCCGUUCGUAGAACGCUGUAUAAAAAUUGUCGGAUAGCUUUAUAAAUUAGUAAUACCAUGCGAUACGUUUUAAAUUGUUGAAUACUGGCACGUCCAAUUACAGUUAUAUCUUUCGCUAGAAUGGAGGAAUUUUUGCAAUACGUUUCUCAGAGUGUGACGUGAAAGUGAGAAUAAGAGGCAGAAUAAAAUUAUUAAGAAAUGGCAGUCAUGUGGUUUUGAAAUGAAGCGUAGAUCGUUAUUACUUGCGGAGUAUGCAGUUGCUGAAACACGCAGUGUUCGUUAUAUGAUAAUGCUCCACAACACAGUGAACACUUCUUCAUUUCCAAGUAAUUGCAUACAAUCAUAAGAAACUACAGUGCACGUCUUAUGGACUGGACGGCUGCACUUCAGAGAUUCACUACAGUGAGAAUUGUGAUGGGUAAUGAGUCAUGUGACCUGGAUUCUGCCAUCUCAGCAUUGGUGUAUGCAUAUGUUCUUUACAAUGAAGUUAACGCAGAGGCAAAAGACACAUGCAUUAUUCCGCUGCUAAACAUCUGCAAGAAAGAGCUUGCUCUGAGGACUGAAGUGACGUACUAUUUGAGGAAGAACAGUGUUCCAUUGGACCUUCUCAUAUUCCAGGACACUGUAGACCUGAAACAGUUACAAAUGGCUGGUAAGCUUCAGGUUGCUCUGGUGGACCACCAUGUUCUCUCACCAGAGACUGAAUUUCUUCGCAUGUCAGUUACGGAAAUUAUUGAUCAUCACCCGCAGGAUCCAGCAUGGCUGUGGCCAGAGCAGAAAGUAAUACUGGUAAAGGUUGGAUCCUGUUCUACUCUCGUGGCUAAUGAAGUGGUACAACGCUGUCCACAGUUGCUGAGUUGUCAGAUUGCCAUGUUAUUGUAUGGGCCCAUCAUUCUGGACACAGCUUGCUUCUCACGUGCUGCAGAUCGAACCACAGCGCUGGAUCUUAAAAUGGCAUCAGAACUUGAGAUCAGGGGAGUUGAUUCAACAAAACGAGAGAGAUUGUUUGAGGAACUGCUGGCUGCUCGUUCUGAUGUUAGUAGUCUUACGCCAAGUCAGCUGUUGGUCAAAGACAUGAAAUUUGCAUCGAGUAUUCCAGUACCUGGUCUGCCUAUGCUUGUUCAGGAAUUUGUGACCCGCCCUGAUGUGUCAGAAGCGCUGAAGGAGUUUUGUGCAGGAAAAGAAACAGAUAUUGCAGUUGUGAUGGGUCUCCGUAUUGAUGGCGACCUGAUACAGCGAGAUAUAGCAGUGUUCCACUCUACGAAACCCGAAGUUGCUCUUGAGCUUGUCACAUGUCUCAGGACCAGUACUGAUCCAGCCUUGCAGCUUGAGCCUGUUGAAGUUGCAACGCAACAUCAAGUUCCUGGUCUUCAGUUAUUUAGACAGUUGAACGUCAAAGCGUCUCGUAAACAAGUGCUGCCAAUUGUCAGAUGUGCAGCAGAAUUUGCGUUGAAGCACUGUCGACAUUAAUGAUGUAAGUCACUCAUUGUUAUUCUAAUACAUUGUUACAAAUUGGAAGGUUGAAAACCUCGGAGUAGCUCAGUUUAGAUAAUACAACAACUCUUGCGCAAUUAACAUCCAGUGUGGUAUUGCAUUAAGUAUUGUUUUAUAAAGUGAAACCUUUUAUGAUUUAUAACAAACCGUCAUCUUACGAAUUUUAUUCUUUAAUAUGAAUUAAUUUGUUUGCCACUGAUGAUGACCUCU